CCUCCUCAUUGCACCGUCGUGCUGUCCUUGGUCCCGGUUCCUUACUCCCCCUCCCUUCUGCUCUCUGCGCACCCUGACUUCAUGGGUAACGGGCGCCCCGUCGUGCUGAUCGUUGGAUCGGGGAUCUCUGGCCUGGGAGCAGCCGAAAGGCUGCACAAACAUGGCUUCCGUCACAUAAAGAUCCUGGAGGCUACUGGGAGGACAGGAGGCCGGAUCCGGACACAGAGAUUCGCAAAGGGCCUGGCUGAGAUCGGUGCACAGUGGAUCCAUGGACCAUCUCCAGAGAAUCCUGUCUUCCAGCUGGCAGCCCAGUUUGGUCUAUUAGGCCCUGAUGCCAUGCGUGAGGAGAACCAGAAAGUUGAUUUGAGAGGCCAUCCCCCUGGCAUCCCAGUUAUCUACAGUAGCUCUGGAAAACAAAUUAGCCCAGAAGUGUUCCUGAGCAUCAGCGAUUCAUACUCGUCUUGGCUGGAGAAAGCACAAAAUGUCUCAAAAAACGAUUGUGAUCCAGAUGCCAGCGUGGGAGGUUUCCUACGGCAAGAGAUUGCCCGCAGCUCACAGAAUUGGGAUAAAGCAUCGGUUGGCAUUAAUAUGGCUCUGUUGAAGGGGCUGCUAAAUGUUGAGUGUUGCAUCAGUGGAGCCCAUAGUAUGGACCAUGUAGCACUUUUCCCCUAUGGGGAAUAUACAAUGUUUCCAGGGCUGGAUUGCACCUUUCCUAAGGGCUAUGAAAGCCUUGUGGACCACAUUAAAGCAGAGCUACCCAAUGACACCGUAUUACUGAACCAUGCAGUGAAGAGCAUUCACUGGAAUGGAUCCUUCCAAGGCAGCGACUCUCGUGUGUAUCCUGUGCAGGUGCAGUGUGAGGAUGGAAACACCUUUGUGGCUGAUCACGUCAUUGUCACUGUUCCAUUAGCUAACUAUGGUGCGCCAGCGGCACACACCUACACACACACAACCACUUGCUCAGCAUGGCAGAGCCCUGACUCCCAGCAGCAGGAGUUCCAGAAACCCACCAGCUCCUAUAUGUUUUGUCUGGUUCCAGGAUUCCUGAAGAAGCGAGCCAGAGAUUUCUUGAGCCCUCCUCUGCCGCUAAGCAAAAUUCAGGCAAUUAAGAAUCUAGGAUUUGGAACUAAUAAUAAGAUCAUGCUGGAAUUUGAAAAACCCUUUUGGGACCCAAACUGCUCAUUUAUCCAGCUAGUGCGCGAAGGCGAUUCUCUUACUGAGCCCCAGAAAGACCUGAAGAAAAACUGGAUUAACAAACUGUCAGGAUUUGUGGUGCUGACGACACCAGAACAGUCUGGUCAUGUGCUGUGUGGUUUUAUAGCCGGAGAGGAGUCAGAGUACAUGGAGACACUAUCAGAUGAAGAAAUCCUCACCACAAUGACUGCCCUACUAAGACAGUUCACAGGGAACCCUAACCUUCCCCCUCCAAUCAGCAUCCUGCGCUCACAGUGGUAUAGCCAGCCUUAUACUUGUGGAUCCUACAGCCAUGUGGCAGUGGGCAGCACAGGGAAGGAUAUUGAUAUUCUAGCAGAGCCACUGCCUACAGACAAAGAUGCUCUCAAGCCUUUGCAGGUUCUUUUUGCCGGAGAAGCCACAGAAAGAAAUUUCUAUUCUACAACGCACGGUGCUCUGAUGUCUGGCCGGAGAGAAGCGCAGCGUCUAAUUAGAAGAUAUCCAGCGCUGGGAGCUGCCCAUAGUAAAGCCAAGCUCUAGACAAACGGAGACAAUUAUCAAUUUGCACUAAUUAUUAUUUGUCUAUUACUUCAACCUGUGUUUAAAAAUAGAAAAACUACCCCCAAUAAAAUAAUUGUAUUAUAAUUUUACAAAAA